GGCCCCUGGGGUCGCCCAAGAUGGCUGCGGGCGUGUCGGAGAGCGGCUCGGGCCCGGGCGGCGGCCUCGGGGAGUGCGCCGAGAUCAAGUGUCAGUUCCGCACCCGCGAGGGCUUCUACAAGCUGCUGCCGGGCGACGGCGCCGCCCGUCGACCGGGACCCGUUUCCGUGCAGACCCCGGCGCCGCCGCAGCCGCCGCCGCCCCCGCCCGGCCCGGCCUCCUCGGCCUCGGCUUCGGCCUCCGCUCCCGGCGCCGCGGCCUCCGCCUCGUCCCCGCCGCCGCCACCGCCCGCCGGGCCCGGGCCCGCCCUCCCCGCCGUGCGUCUCAGCCUCGUGCGCCUAGGCGAACCGGACAGCACCGGCCCCGGCACCGGGGAGCCGCCCGCCACGCCCGCCGGGCUGCGCGCCGGGGGGGACCGCGUCUGCUUCAACCUGGGCCGCGAGCUCUACUUCUACCCGGGCUGCUGCCGCCGCGGGAGCCAGCGGUCCAUUGACCUCAACAAGCCCAUCGACAAGCGAAUCUACAAGGGCACCCAGCCCACCUGCCACGACUUCAACCAGUUCACCGCUGCCACGGAGACCAUCUCCCUGCUGGUGGGCUUCUCUGCCGGCCAGGUGCAGUACCUGGACCUCAUCAAGAAGGACACCAGCAAGCUAUUCAAUGAGGAGCGGCUGAUUGACAAGACCAAGGUGACGUAUCUGAAGUGGCUGCCCGAGUCAGAGAGCCUGUUCCUGGCGUCCCAUGCCAGCGGCCACCUGUACCUGUACAAUGUCGGCCACCCGUGCGUGUCGGCCCCGCCGCAGUACAGCCUGCUGAAGCAGGGCGAGGGCUUUGCCGUGUACGCCGCCAAGAGCAAGGCGCCCCGCAACCCGCUGGCCAAGUGGGCGGUGGGCGAGGGGCCCCUCAACGAGUUCGCCUUCUCGCCCGACGGCCGGCACCUGGCCUGCGUGAGCCAGGACGGCUGCCUGCGCGUCUUCCACUUCGACUCCAUGCUGCUGCGCGGCCUCAUGAAGAGCUACUUUGGGGGCUUGCUGUGCGUGUGCUGGAGCCCCGAUGGCCGCUACGUGGUGACCGGAGGGGAGGAUGACCUGGUCACCGUGUGGUCCUUCACUGAGGGCCGCGUGGUGGCUCGGGGCCACGGCCACAAGUCGUGGGUCAACGCCGUGGCCUUCGACCCCUACACCACGCGGGCCGAGGAGGCCUCGUCGGCCGGCGCGGACGGGGAUCGCGGCGAGGAGGAAGCGGAGGCCGCGGGCCCAGGCUCAAAUGGGGGCGCCCCGCUCUCCCCGCUGCCCAAGGCCGGCUCCAUCACCUACCGCUUCGGCUCGGCUGGCCAGGACACGCAGUUCUGCCUGUGGGACCUCACGGAGGAUGUGCUUUCCCCGCACCCGCCCCUGGCCCGCACCCGCACCCUGCCCGGCACUCCCGGUGCCACCCCGCCGGCCACCGGCAGCGCCUGGGCUGGUGAGCCAGGCCCGAGCCCCCUGCCCCGUUCCCUGUCCCGCUCCAACAGCCUCCCGCACCCGGCGGGCGGUGGCAAGGCUGGUGGGCCCGGGGCGGCGACUGAGGCGGGCCCACCGUUCAGCAUCGGCCGCUUCGCCACGCUCACGCUGCAGGAGCGGCGGGACCGCGACCGCGACCGGGACCGGGACCGCGCGGCGGAGAAAGAGCACAAGCGCUACCAUAGCCUGGGCAACAUCAGCCGCGGGGGCAGCGGCAGCGGCGACAAGCCCAGCGGGCCUGUGCCUCGCAGCCGCCUGGACCCGGCCAAGGUGCUGGGCACCGCCCUCUGCCCACGCAUCCACGAGGUCCCGCUGUUGGAGCCCCUCGUGUGCAAGAAGAUUGCGCAGGAGCGGCUGACGGUGCUGCUCUUCCUGGAGGACUGCAUCAUCACCGCCUGCCAGGAGGGCCUCAUCUGCACCUGGGCCCGGCCAGGCAAGGCGUUCACAGACGAGAACAAGACGCAGGCAGGGGAAGCCCAUUGGCCCAGGUCACCCAGCAAGUCAGUGGUAGAGGGUAUCUCCUCCCAACCAGGCAACUCCCCAAGUGGCACAGUGGUGUGAAGCCAUGGAUGUCGGGGGCCCUUACCCCGUGCCCCAGCCUCCUAGCCACAACCCACCCUGCUGACCUCAUGGAUCACCGUGUUAACAAGACUAAUCAUAAUGGAGAGACUGCUCAAGCCCCCAUUCUGCACAAAUACUGGGGGUCCCCCAGACGAGCCCAGUUAUGGGGAUAGAGUGUCCUCAGCCUUGUCCCCAUCCACUGCCAAGUACAAUGACCUGUUCCUCUGAAAUGUCAGUGUUAAUCCACAUCUCUGUCCCAGCAUGUGACCGGUCACUCCCGGGUUGAGAGGGCAGGCCCACCCCUCGCAGCCUGCACCCUCCCCCACCCUUGCUCUCUGUGCUUUUGAAGAGUGUUAAAUUAUGAAGUCCCCAGGGCUCUCCCCUGGACCUCUUAUUUAUACUAAAGCUCCCCGUUUGCACAGUG